CGCAAGAAACCAACCGAAGUUUGCGCGCACAACCUUUUUCUUUGUCCGGUACUUUACACUACUAAACAGGUUUCAGUGAGGUUAUUCGGGCUGUAGCCUUAUAUUGUCAAAAGAAGAAAUUGGUGUUAAAGAAUAGUUAUAAUGAUGCUUUUAUGGGUUAUCUGCGCGUCUCUGAUCAUGGUGCCGCUGUUGUGUGACGCGCGCAUCACCAAACGCUACGUGAUCGGCUGUCCAGAGCGCUGCGAUAAGAGUUUAUGUCCGCCUGUACCGGCCGGCUGUUUCGUCGGAGACAUCCUGGAUCAGUGCGACUGCUGCCCGGUGUGCGCGUCCGGUGAAGGCGAGCCCUGUGGAGGCACGGGGAAACUUGGAGACCCGGAGUGUGGAGAGCUUCUGGAGUGUGUGGUGUCUGACGGAGUCGGAUCCACGGCCACGGUGAGAAGAAGAGGGAAGAGCGGCGUGUGCGUGUGUAAGAACCCGGACCCGGUUUGCGGGAGCGAUGGAGAGUCCUACAGAAACAUCUGCGAGCUCAAGAGAGUCAGCAACCGGGCGCAGAAAGUCCAGAAGCCGCCAGUUAUCUUUAUUCAGAGAGGAGCCUGCGGGAAAGGUCAAGAGGAAAAUCCAGAUAGUCUCCGGAACAGAUAUAACUUCAUCGCUGAUGUGGUGGAGAAGAUCGCUCCAGCUGUGGUUCACAUUGAGCUGUUCCGCAAGAUGGUGUUCUCCAAGCGGGAGGUGGCAGUCGCCAGUGGCUCGGGUUUCAUGGUGUCUGAAGAUGGUCUGAUUGUAACUAACGCUCACGUUGUGGCAAACAAGCAUCGGGUGAAGGUCGAGCUGAAGACCGGCGCCACCUAUGAUGCCAAAAUUAAAGACGUGGAUGAGAAAGCUGAUAUCGCCCUCAUCAAGAUAGAUGCUCCAAUGAAACUUCCAGUGCUGAUGUUGGGCAGAUCAGCUGAUCUGAGACCAGGCGAGUUUGUGGUGGCUAUCGGCAGUCCGUUCUCUCUUCAGAACACGGUGACCACGGGCAUCGUCAGUACAACCCAGAGGGGCGGCAAAGAGCUGGGACUGCGUGAUUCCGAUAUGGAAUACAUCCAGACGGACGCUAUUAUCAAUUAUGGUAAUUCAGGAGGACCCUUGGUGAACCUUGAUGGUGAAGUGAUCGGAAUCAACACGCUGAAGGUAACAGCUGGGAUUUCUUUCGCCAUUCCCUCUGACAAGAUCCGACAGUUCCUGGCUGAGUCCCAUGACAGACAAUCUAAAGGAAAAACAUCCCCGAAGAAGAAGUACAUUGGUGUGAGGAUGAUGACGCUGACCCCAACACUUGCUAAGGAGCUUAAGGACAGACAGAGUGAUUUCCCGGAUGUGACCUCUGGAGCUUACGUCAUUGAAGUUAUCCCAAAAACACCCGCUGAAGUGGGCGGUCUGAAAGAGAGCGAUGUCAUAAUCAGCAUCAACGGUCAGAGGAUCACAUCAGCCAGCGAUGUCAGCACGGCCAUCAAGAAAGACGAGACUCUGAGGACAGUGGUACGACGGGGCAAUGAGGACGUCAUGCUCACCAUCAUUCCUGAGGAGAUUGACCCUUGACCUCCCUCACGCUCAUCCAUGAGCUGGCUCUCAGACUUUGACUGAGUGUGUGUGCAGAGCAUCACUCAUUCUUGAAUCUGUAGUACAUACUUUAACACCCCAACGUCACCCAGCCUGAAGCGCUUGGGACAGAAAAUGACCUUUUUCACUUACUUUAACCCUGAUACGGAGUCAUUUUCCAUCUAUUUGUAUGUUGUACUGUUUGAAAACGAGCCCUUUGUAAAUAUAUACAAGAGUUAAAAUGUAGUACUGGGUAGUUAAUUGAUAUACAUGUAUAUUAUUUGUUCCUCAUGUAUUCAUCAGCAAGACAAAUGUGUGCAUUCAGCUUUUUACAUUAACAGAUACCUUGCAUGGAAAAUGACUCCAUUAAAAGUUAAAAGUCACCAAUUCCAAAACGACUUCAGUGAAAGUCUUAAAGUAUCUGAUUUUAACAGUUCUUGACUAUUUUACUCAUACUGAAUGAAGGCUCAAAGAAACACUAGUCCUCAACACUUAAGAGACAUGGCAGAGAAAAACUAGAAACAGUCAAUUCGUGAGGAGCGAUCGCAUUUAUUUUCUUAAAGGAGUAGUUCACUUUCAAAAUCAAUUUUCAUGAUAAUUUACUUUGCAUCAUGUCAUCCAAGAUGUUUAUGUAUUUGUUUCUUUAGCCGAAAAGAAAUGAAGGUUUUUGACAUUCCAGGAUUUUUCUCCAUAUAGGGGACUUCAAUGGACUCCAAACGGUUGAAAAAUGUGGUCAAGUAGAGAGUAAAAGUUGCUAUUAUCUUGAAUUCUCAGCACAAGUACAAAGUAGCCGACUAAUAUCUCCGACUAUAAAAUCUCCAACUAAUACAAUAUGUUUGUGUAGGCUACAGUAUAUCUGAAUAUUUUGGCACUUGCUUUGAAGAUGAUCUUAUCUCUCAAUUCCUUCUCUUCCUUUGAUUCUUUUGUGUCUGUCAGACGGCAAUUUCAGAAAUGGAAUUAAAGAAGAGACAUUUUUAAAGUG